UCCUUCUCUUUCGCCGUCAGCGCCGAUCGAGUCGCCCCAGCGCCUCUCCUCCCACGCCGCUCCCACAAGGUCACCAUGCCCCUUGGGGGUCAAACCAAGCUGCACCCCGCGGUGACGAGGAGUCGAUCCUUCCAUGGGUUCAGGGGUCCGCAGGACUCCACGGGCAGGUCCCGUGUGUCCUCGUGUCGCUCCCCUGAGCGCGCGCGCCGCGUCAUCGGCUCCCCCGGCGCCACGCCCCCAAACACGCCCCCACGAGUCGCCCAGCCUCAGCUGUUCCGCACAACGCUGGCAGCGCUGCGCUCCGGACUGCAGGAGUACCUCGCCUGGUACCAAGCACAGCAUCGUGACCUCGCCAUGGCCAUCAACAGCACCAAGAGAGACUCCCGCCUGGGAAUGCUGUACGAGCUGGACAAGCAAAUUAAAGCCAACGAGCGAAGCCUACGGCGGCUGGAGUUUCACAUGAGCAAGGUGGAGGCGCUGCAGGAGGAGCACACCGUGCACACGCGUCUCCACGGCGGCGCCGAGAACCUGAGCAGGGCGUUGGCGUGCUCCCCCUCGACCCGCGGGGCGCGCGACGCCCUCGCACAGGCCCAGCGCAGCGCCCGCGAGUGCUGCGAGACCAUGGCUCAGCUUGAGGGCCAAAUGGAGAACUUCCUGGGAGAAUUCCACGUGAAGAUUCUAGGCCUCGUGGGCUUCGCGCGACUCUGCCCCAAGGACACUUACGAGGUGUCGCUGCGUCACGGGAGGCAGCGGUGGAAGGUGCGUGGGAGGAUCGGGGCCGAGGGCGAGCAGUGCUGGGCGAGCGACGGCACCGUGCUGCUGCCGCUCAUCGGCGAGCCGAUCGUCGUCAAGGUGGUGGAACUGAAGGGGUUGGUGACGCAGACGCUGGUGGGGCAGGUGAGCCUGGAGCCCGCGGAGCUCUACCGCAAGGACGAGCGGCAGCUGGAGAUGAACAUCAACCCCCUGGGCACCGUCAAGCUGCAGCUGCUCGUCAGCUGGCUAGCGUUGGAGCGCGAGGAGCCGCUGUCUCGCCUCGGCUCCGUGAGCGGCCACCGCCGCACGCCCAGCGCCUCCUCGUCGCACCGGACGGCGCCCGGCUCCCCCAGCACGCCCAGCACGCCCGACCAAGCCUUCUUCGAGGAGUUCUACCCGACGGACGACGCCUCCUCCGUGUUCUCCGACUCGCUGGACAGCCCCGCGCCGUCGCUCGGCUCGUCCCGCCACCCGUCCUCGCCGCGCGACCUCUCCUCGCCCCCGUGGUCCCCCACGAAGCCGGCUCGCCCGCCGCCCGCGGUCACGGCCGCUCGCGAGACGUCGCCCUUCUCCGGGCCGGCGUCGCCCGGGCGCCGGGAAGCCCCGGUGGGCGACGCGUCCGUCGCAGUCGUCCAGGGCGUCGCCCGCCCACCGCAGACGACCGGGGACGGCGGCGCGGGGCCCGCGCGGUGCGGCGGCACGGCGUGCGAGGGGAAGGCGGCCGCUGGCGACCACGCAGCGAUGAGGCCGGGCCUGGACGAGGCCGCGAGGGAGCUGAGCGUCGCGCUGGAGGCCCGCUCGGCCCGACACGGCCUGGAGGACUUGGAGGAAAUGGAGAUGGCGUUUCUCUCCCUCCUGGACGCCACUCAGAAGGGCCGAUUUCUGAAGAGCCACGAGUCAAGCGCGAGUCUCACGGUGGAGAGCGCCUUGGGCAGCUUCGACUUCCUGGACAUCUCUGAUGGAGAGCGGUCCGAGUGCGGGGACAGCCGAGGGCCUCACGAGAAGCGCCGCGGCUCGAUCGGCGGCGGCCUGGGUGGCGGCAGCGGCAGCGGCAGCGGCACCGCCGAGGACGUGGGCAUGGGCGCGAGCCGCGAGCCCAGCCCCGUCCCCGUGACGACCGGCGACGAGCUCCUGGACGCUGCGCUGGCGGAGCACCUGCGCGCGUGCCUGCGACUCCUCCUGAGGCUGGAACUGUGCCGGCAGCUGGGCUACAACGAGGACCCCGUGGUGCGCAAGCUGCUCGCCCAGGCGCCGGUGCUGAGGAAGGUGGCCAAGCUCAGCGGGCGCGACGGCACGCGCCCCGCCACGCAGGCCGCCCACGUUUACCCGGAGCUCAAGGCGAGGCCGUGGCUGCUGUCGUUCUGGGACGACUGCUGCCGCCGCUGCUGCUGCGACUCUGGACGCCGCCUCUACCUCAUCCCUAUAGAGCGGCUCCUGCGCCGGCUGGACGAGCCCACGGGAAGCGGGGCAGCGUGCAGGGACGCUGUGGCCUACAUGGUGGACGGUUUGGCCUGCGCGGCACCACGGCCCGGCCUCCUGAGCCUCUUCCAGUACGCGGAGGCCUUCCUGCAGGGCUGCCACACGGCCGCCCUGGAGGCCCAGAUCCAGCGCGUCGCCUCCCUCCGCGGGGGGAACGACAGCAGCCCCGCUGACAGCGACGGCACCGUCUAGACGGAACUACGCGGGAACCCCGCCGUCAAGCAACCGCGGAAUCGGAGCCGUGGCCGACGAGAAGGCGACACGGCGCGACCCACACGGGGGGGGGGGGGCCUCGUUCUCCGCUCCGCUCCGAUUCCGCGGCCGAUACGUCGGGGGCCGUCGCCGUCACGAUCGGCGUCAGCCGCGGCCGAUCCGCUGCCGGGUGACAGCCUCCCCACGCCGCCGCCUCUCCCGAUCUCACGACGCAGCAGCCCGCCCCCACGGCGCCCGCUCGCGGGAGCUGGAUUUCAUGAAUUCCAUCGUUUUUACUUCACCGACUCGUUUCGCCUCGGGCCUCGCCGCUCCGCCGAUCUCAACACCGCGCCUGUGCGGUCGCUCCGGUCGCUCGCAGACGCGUGUCGAGGUUAGGGGGACGCGCGCGUGGGCCACGGGGCGACAUGCGUCCGUCACCGCGAGCGCCUUCGCGGGUGCCCAUCUCUUGUCCACGGAAGUUGAAAAUUCCACAUUCUUAUGGCGUGGGCUAAGCCUCUCCAGACGACAACCACCGCCGAUUUUCCCCACAAUAUAGUACUUAUUUUAUCCUCCCCACCCACUUUGCAACCUCCCGAUUCCUGCGAGCAUCUUGCUAUACCGCUGGCCCACGUGCCCCCGCGAGCUUUUCGGCAGCACUAAUCGUGCACCGGAGGGGAAUGUGUUCAAUCUGGCGACUCAGCCACUGCAAGGGCCUCUCGCGACCUCCGCGUGCUCGCCUUGAGGUUGCGCCGGCAAAUUGCGUUUGAAGAGCUCGCGCGGUUCAUCGUCCUAGCGACCCCUUCGCCCGUACGGUGAACGGGACUUUGCGCGCCAUCCGCUAGGCACCGCUUUUCCACGGGCUUCGGGGAAAACGCGCGUUGCUUUUCCACUGCACGAGCCCGGGGUCCGGGGUCCGUGCCGUUGACGUCCCGCGCCGACGCGUCGUCGUCUAGACGCUCGCAGGGCGACGACUUGACGGCGUGGCCGAGUUGCGUGUGCAGCCGACGUUUGACGAACCGAAGGCGUCUCGUGCCCCACCCCUGGCCUUGCUUGGCCCCAAGCCAGAUUCGGACGUCUCCUUGCGGAGCCAGCCGUAGUGGCGGCUUGAUUUUCCGGCUAAGUAAAAUGCCAGUGGGAAAACCACCCGUGCCGUGCUAGCCCCGGCCUGCUGGCACGGCUCAGAUGUGCCAGUUGUAAAUGGAGUGGAAGAGAUGAGCUGGGGGUGAGGGGUGUGGACCCAGCCUCAUAGCUCCUGCCCUCCUCAGUGUGUGUGGCACUGGGAGUGCCAACAUCGGUUUAUUUAGUUACUGUACUGCACUCUGCAUACCAGAUGAUAGCGCGGGUCUUGACAGGUAUGCACGUACGCACGUCCCAAUAGGUAUACCACUGUUUCUGAAAAAAGUAGAUGUGUCUGACGAGGCUUGUUACUGUGAUGCUGCAUGUAAUGUGUCACUGGACAGGUGUUUUUGUCUGUUUGCAGGUGUGUGAUGCAAUGUGGACAGUGGUGGUGCAGCGUGUGACUCAAUGGAGAGGCACGUCUUGGAGUUGAUGUGUUUACAAGUGACAUGUAUGUUUCCUUUGA